AGAGGCCAGGCUCAGAGGCUCAGAGGCCCAGCCAUGGCAAGGUGAAGCCAUGGGCUGCAAGGCUGGAAAAGUGGAGGAGGUCUCCGGGAAGGAGGACACCGCAGUCAUUCAGUUGGACGGCCACGAGGCUGCUGUGAUGCAGGAGUCGAACAUGUCCACCGACGUGAACGACAUGUAUCUGGAAGAGUUUGAGCAAGUGCCGGAGGAGGACUUGGUCAUCCGACCCACGCAAGAUGGAGGCCCGGUGUUGCUGGGCAACACGCCUGUCGCCACCAUGGCGGAGACCGUGAUUCGAGUGAAGGACGCCUCGAGCGUGGCCGCCGCGGAAAUGCGGAGGGGCUACUGCCAAUGCUGCGCCGACUGCAGCUAGGCCGUCCAAUGGUACCGAUCAGUGAACGAAGUCUAUGAGGUCGUUCGCCAAGGAUCCUGCCGCGCAUUCUGCUGCAACGAUUCAGG